AUGGAUCACGUGAUACAACCCACCGACGCGUUACCUGAGACGCGACCUGUGAGCCUACGACAUGACAAUGAUGACUUGGCGCAGUCGUUGAAACAGCUGUCCAUAUCCACCUCGCCCGGCCGCGCUCAUGGCUCACCGCACCUCUCCGAACCCAGCACUCCCUUUCGUGCAUCAGGACGCCGUACCUCGCAGUCCCCAAGGCCCAAUGCUCGACUCCCAUCUCGUAGCCCUUCGCAAGGGCGCGAUCCCGGCUCGGGAACGCCCACGCUUCUUCGAAAGGCCUCGAUGAACUCGCUGCGGUCUUCAAACGGAAUGGGAGCUGUCCCGACUCCUACUCGACGUGCCAGCACCACACAUAUCAUGUCACCGUCUCCCAAGUCUCCCUUGGCUACACCCCCUGUCCAGGAGAAACCUCGACCGACCGCCAGUUCAAUUGCACACGACAUUUUGAGUGCCGAAUUGCAAGCACAUCACUCGCCCGAAUGUGCAAGCCAACCGCAAACGAUCGUGGUCCUCAACGAUGCCGUCUAUGGUCACCGAUUCUCCCGACCGAGAACCUCCCGGGCCGCCCUUGGUACGAUUGUCGAACGCCCGGAAAGAAUAAAGGCAGCUGUUUUGGGUAUCUCGACAGCCUAUGUGCGCCUGGGUGGACGACACAGCGAGGGAGCCUUCCCACCUCAUCCCAGGAGGGAUGUCGAAGACCUGCCAGGGAUUCCCUUUCGGAUACACAAGACGGAACGCAAACUCUCACUACUAUCACCGGCUGUUGUUAAUGUUCAUGGAACGAAAUGGAUGGAAGAAUUGAAGAUGAUGUGCGAGGCGGCCGAGUCCAAGCUUGCAAUGGGAGGCAAAGAACUCCAGAGGCCAGAGUUGAACCGAGGAACGGAGAAAGCACCCGAAAAGUUUCAUGAAGGUGAUUUAUACCUCUGCUCGGAGUCUCUUAACGCUAUGGAGGGUGCCCUGGGAGCUGUUUGUGAAGCUAUUGAUACCGUCUUCGGUCCUGGACCUCAACGUGCAUUUGUGGGAGUGAGACCUCCAGGUCACCACUGCUCUGCCUCAUACCCUUCGGGAUUCUGCUGGAUCAACAAUGUUCACGUCGGAAUUAUGCAUGCUGUCCUCAACCAUGGACUUACACACGCCGCUAUCAUUGACUUUGACCUUCACCAUGGUGACGGAUCCCAGGCCAUCACCUGGCAACACAACACUCGAGCUAACGCGGCGGCCAAGAACGCUGCUGCGUGGAAGAAGUCGUCAGUUGGCUAUUUCAGUUUGCACGAUAUCAAUUCGUAUCCGUGCGAGAUGGGUGAUGAGGAAAAGGUUAAGAACGCCAGCAUCUGCAUUGAUAAUGCGCACGGCCAGACAGUUUGGAAUGUCCACUUGCAAUCAUGGAAGACGGAGGAGGAGUUUUGGCGACUCUAUGAGACCAAGUAUAGCGUUCUGCUGGAAAAGACCAGGAACUAUCUCAAGAACCAGGCAGAACGACUUCGGCAGUCAAACCAGAUCCCCAAGGCCGCCAUUUUCUUCUCGGCUGGUUUUGAUGCGAGUGAGUGGGAGAGCGCAGGAAUGCAGCGCCAUCAAGUCAACGUUCCGACCGAGUUCUACGCCCGGAUAGCCCAUGACGUCAUCAAACUGGCCGCUGAAGAGGGACUCGAGGUCGAUGGUCGCAUCAUCAGCGUCUUGGAGGGUGGCUAUAGCGACAAGGCUUUGUUCUCUGGUAUUCUUAGUCACCUCAGUGGUUUGGCGGAUGACCAGACGUAUGAACGAGAGCCGCAGAACCUGGGACGUCUUGGUGCGGAGAUGGGACACAAGAUCGGAGUGCUCGCGGAGGAAGACGAUGAGAUGGAUACAAAGCCAUCAUUGGACUCUGUUCACAGCUAUGAUCCGGCCUGGUGGGCAAGUCCACGGCUGGACGAGCUUGAAGCUAUAGUUGCAGGUCCUGGUGGUCCUGCAGCGAAGCCACACAACAACACGCUUCCCACUUACUUUUCUCCGACACAGGCAUCAACGGCCAGGGUUGCGGAUCCUAUUAAGAUGCGCCGCAGUCUUUCCAACCUGGGUGCUUCACUAUCACGGCCUCCCUCACCACCCCCACCAGAGGUUCCCUGGACGGUUGCAGCCCACGAGCUCAGCAAGCUUCUCAUCCCUGAAAGUCGCCAGACAGACAGCUGCAAGCCCGAGGAUUUGAACGCCGAGGCAACACGGGCGAGACGAGACCGCCAAUCAUUGCUUCUGGGAAUUGACCCUAACCCUCCGGCCCCAGCUUCACGCCCGACGUCACGCAUGUCUUUGCGCGAGAGGCGGCCCAAGCCAGCUCCUCCCCCUCAGCCCAUCAAGGACAAAGCACCAAAAGUAUUCUACCUCUAUAUAUACCCAGUGCGGAGAGCCAGUCGACGUCUUAGCGAGGUACCGACUACUCUCGCAUCCAGGGCUACAUCGCACACUUCGUCCGGUAAUGAAGCUGACCUUCCGGAGGGUUCUGAGGCCCCUGGUCCUGGCUCUCCAGUGAGCACCAGGGCACCUCCCGGUGGAGGUCUUCAGGUGAAGAAGACUCGAAACCCCGUGGCUACUCGUAAAGAGCCUGCACCUAGGGCGCCUCGAACCACUAAAAAGGUUGCUCCUCCCACCGCAUCGCGGCCCCCUACAGCAGCUCAAAGGAUCCACCCAUCAACGAGGCCUCAGGCAAAGGCUGGCCCAUCUGGUGCAACCGGCGAUGAUAUCGAUAGCAUCACAACAGGGAUGAAGAAGAUCCGUAUCAAUCUCAUCACCCAGUCCCAGAAGGAAGCCAGAGAGCGAGCUCGACUUGAAGCUGAAAAGCAGUCGCCGGAAAUCAGAGGCCCUGACUCGGGAAACAUCUCUCCCACUCAGGUUGCAGCCCCUGACUCUGAGAUUCCUACCCCUCCGGCUACAAUCUCCGACGACGACAAUGUGUUUAUUGCGUACCAACCCGAAGGCCCUACACCCGUGGCUGUUGCUCAGCAGGAACCUAUCAAAUGGCUCCCGCCUAAUGUGCAAACGCCAACUGCACAAACACCUGCUGCAACACCAAGCCCGGUAAAGAAGAACAACCUCUUUCAGUAUACCGAGGGUAUCCCCUUUGCGCCACGACAGGGACAGCAUGCGGGGGAGCAGAAGCCGACAGAUGAAGGUGUCAAGUCAGAGCCGCCCGCUUCUGAAUCUGUUCAAGAAAUUCCUGAGGCUCCUCAACAGUAGCGACGAGGGUGAGAUUUUGUUACAUGUCCCAUUUCCUGUAAUUCACGGAUAGCUGGCUAUCUGUUCUACUUCAAGACUCUCUACCAAGAGGGUGUGGCGGUAUUUGAAGCCAAUACUCGAUUCUAGUUGUCGCUGUCUUUCUUUGCUCGAUUUACCCCCUUCUUCCUUGGAACGUUUAUCACUAGACCUUCUUUGGAUGUCAGGUGUCCCACGAUACCCUUUCUCUUGGCUUCUCAGAUGUGGUUGCCGCCCGUUUCUAAAUAGCUCUAGUUUUCUUUCUAAUGUAUGACUUGUACGGCUGGCUCGUCUCUUCUUCGUCAUUUACUUGGUGUCUGU